GAGCUGCUGGGAGUGUGGGACGUGCUGCUCUCCUAGUCCCGUAAGCGAGGAAGAGGCACGUCUAGGCUGUGCGUAACCACCCACCCGGCAGCCCCCUCUUGCUCCUAUACAACCUCCCUCCCCAAGCUCCUGGGGCUCAACACCACCCUGUUCCCCUCCCCAAGCUCCUGGGGCCUGACACCACUCUGCCCCCCUCCUUCAUCUAACAGCGCCCUCCCCAAUCUCCUGUGCCCAACACCAUCCUGCCCCCCCCCAACAGCACCCUCCCUAACCUCCUGGGACCCCACAUCACCCUGUUCCCCUCCCAGCAACCUGCUCCCCAAGCUCCUGGAGCCCAACACUACUCUACCCCCCCUUCACCUAACAUUCCCCUCCCACAACCUUCUGGGGCCCUGUUUUCCCCUCCAUCUAACAGCUCCCUUCCCAGGUCCACUGUAUUCCACUCCCUCACCAUGCCCUACAUUUCACCACCACUUUACAUCCCCUUUCUAAAUGCCACCAUGUGCAACUUUAAUACUUCACCUUCACCCUUGAAGGCUCUGGCCAUCCCCUUAGGCCCUGCUUCCUGAACUCCUCUGACAUUCCCACCAUCCCCCUUUCACCCCCAACCCAGCCCUGUACCACCUUCCCAUACACCCCCACCCUCUUACACCAGUAAAAACUUUAUGAAUAUGUAGGAAGAGAGGGAAACAGUAAGUCAGAUUUUGGGCCAUGCUACCUCGGCUGUCUCUCUUAAAAAUCAAGAUUUGCCUUUUCUGCCCAACUUCUCUGGGUCUCUCCUGUGGAUUCUAAAUCCUUCUAGAAUGAGAAUGAGCAACCGUCUGAAGUCUGUGCUCUUCUGCUUCUGAGGUGACUGCUGCUUGGUUGGCUCCUUCAACCACUGUCCAGUAGCCGUGUGCUGAGGAAAUCGCCCAGUGUCUCCUUUCAGGGCAGACACAUCUUUCCCCUGGUUGUGUGAGAGCUGCCUUGGGAAUGGCAGGACAGUUCCGUAGCUAUGUCUGGGACCCUGUCCUCAUUCUGACGCAGAUUGUCCUCAUGCAGGCAGUCUAUUACAGCUCCUUGGGGCUCUGGCUAGCUCUGGUUGACAGCCUGGUGCAGAAUAGCCCUUCUCUUGACCAGAUUUUCAAUUAUGAGAUCUUGGGAUUCUCUACCCCACCUGGAAGACUUUCCAUGAUUGCUUUCAUCCUCAAUGCACUCACCUGUGCUUUGGGCUUGUUGUACUUUAUCCGGCGAGGAAAGCAGUGUUUGGAUUUCACAGUCACAGUUCAUUUUUUCCAUCUGCUGGGUUGCUGGAUUUAUAAUGCACACUUUCCCACAGCUCUAACGUGGUGGCUAGUGCAUGUUGUGUGCACGGCACUCAUGGCUGUGAUUGGGGAGUAUCUCUGUAUGAGAACAGAACUCAAAGAAAUCCCAUUGAAUUCAGUCCCCAAGUCCAGCGUAUAAACUUGUUCUGGGGAUGCACUGCAUCAGGCCAACGUUUCCAACACCUCGGCAGUGACACAAGACAGUGCCAGAAAACUUCAGUAAAGAAGCACAGCGGGUCUGUUUGGACUUUUUUAGAUCUUGGUGGCUGCAUGAAUGUGAAGAUCUCUGCUGUUGCCAUUAAGACAGUGAACAAAGCAGAAGUUUUAUUCUAAUAACACAAGGUAUUUAAUAUGACUAUUCUAUGUGAGUGCUUUCACUAUUAAUUCGAGUGAUACGGACCAGGGAAAAAUCAGGCAACAAAACCUAGAACAUGAGAAGCAACUGGAAUUUAACCCAUGUGCGAGGUCUUUGGAGCACAUGUUGGAGCUGGGAUGAUCAAACCUUCGGGGAGAAACGCACAAUGAUGGACUAGGAGCUGCUUGUUACACCUUUUUCCUUUGGUUGGUUUUUGUUUUAAAAUCAAGGAGCUAAACUGAUCUAGGAUUUAAAAGAAUUGUGUUUGUCUCAGUCACCAGUUGUGAACCUAUAAGGCCUGUAGGCUCAUAUGGGCUUCGUUAUUGUUCCUGUGUUUAGUUCCUAGAGCAGAUGUAAGGCAACAGAUGUUGCUGGAUUGAAGACACUUUUUUUUUUAAACAAAAUAGGAAAAAUGGUAUUAAGUUGCCUUCAAUGUGUUACAAUUCUCCUGGUGAGCUGAGCACUUUGAGCUAUGUAAUGAAUAUCCACAUCAUGGCAAUGGAGUAAGGUCUGGCCAGAAAGGAACACCAGUGGUCACUUCCUAGGGUUUGUAAAACUUUCCACUAUGAAUGUUAAACACCACAAGCCAGAAAUCCAAGAGCCAGUGAAAAUCAACCAGCUUAUUCUCAGCUUGCAUGGAGGGUUGGCCAUAACGUUCACCAAACAUUAAACUGUAGGUUGAGUUGGUUGAGGGGAGCUUUCGGCUGUCUGUUACAAGUACCAUUUCAUCAUUCCCACUCUAGUAACCUGCGUCUUCCUACCAAUCAUCAAAUUCCAAUACUUACUCCUGCCUGAAGGCUGCCACCAAAGACUGUUUUCCAAAAUUGGUAGGUGUUUCUUGCUGCAGGACUGUUGUUUGUCUCUUACGCUGUUAACGAGAUGGUGCCUUUGACUGAUAGGCAAUUUAAAUAGAACGUCCUUUCUCAUAAGCCACUGACUCCAGUAUUCCCAAUGAAAGGAGUAGGCCAAAUGGUUUUCUAGGGUCCUAUAUCCCAAAUGGUCAGACUUACCUCUAGUUGUGUAGUUUCCUCUAAGGGAUGUUAAGUCUGUGCUGUCUGUGUGCCAUUCUAAAUUGGGGGCAAACUAGGAUUUUAACAUUGAAAUUCCUUUUUUCUUGUAUGGCUUGCUGCUGCCAAUCUCUUUCCUUUGUACAUUAAUAUUAGUGAACGUUAUUAGUUUGAAUAAAUUAUAUUUGCUAAAUUAAUGUACAGUUUGUAAAGAAUUGGAAUUGGUGGCAUGAUUUGACACAGAAUUUGAUAAACUCCCUCUAAAGUG